AGCUCCAUAGCGGCUCAAGCUCAAGUUGAGACGAGUUGCUUCCUGGUGUGGAGGCCAUGUCCGACACCACAGAGUGUACUGGGGGGUCGGUCGAAUCUGAACAUAUUGUUUACAAAUAUUCUGCUUACCCAUUACUGUUGAUGCAUGGCUGCUUAUUAACGGUAUUGAUCGUUUUCGGUGUGAGGCACAUUUGCGCAAAAUUCCGUUCGUUGUGCAUGGCCAUCCGCUUUUUCAGUUGCGACCAAGUUCGUUGUAUGACUUGUUUUCGAUGUGCAAGUGGGCAAAACAGGAAGCUGGAAGCACAAGUAAAAGAAGUCCGGAACUACUAUUUCUUUACAUUCGGGCGUAUACAUGUUGUGGGACAGUUGAUCAUCAGUGUAUUCUGCCACAUCAGCCUUGCAAGUGCCGAGCAGAGCGUGCAGCUACAUGAUGGGUGGCGCACUAAAGGAAUGGUAAAUCGUUAUGUUGACGUUGCCCCCAUGUAUAUAUCUGCCACAGCUAUGAUGCUAAUGCUUGGCGUGUUGCCGAAGUCAACGUCAAUGGCUUGGUUGAACGCGCUGAACAUCAUGGCAGCCUUGAGCGUCAUUUUUUGUUCUGCGGUGCCAGACACUAUUCGUGGGUUUCCCGUUCCAGUCGGCGGCAGCCCAUUUCGUGCAGCAUUGAUGUUCCAGAUUUCCCAAUCAUGUGUUUGUGGUAACCCAAAGUUGAGCUCCGUUCUAUUAUGUUUCUUUGUAAGUUUGAAAGCAAUUCAGGAGUACCUGUGCCAUUCGGAUUUGUUUACAUUUGUGGUGUUGGCCUUGUAUGCGGUCUUUACUCUGAUCGCGUUUUGGAGUUUGGAUUCGGUCAUGAGGCACAUGGCCGCGGUGUAUGUGCGAGAGGCGGACGCCACGAAGCAGGCGUCUCUCAUCGAACGUCUCAUGUCCAAGUCGUGCGAUGCCUGCAUCUAUCUGGGGCCUCGUCUGGAGAUUACCAAGGGUGCCGGUCAGCUGUGCCGUCUGCUGAUGUGCAAGAGCGACCCCGAAAGCUUCAAUGGCAGAGUGUUCACGGAGUUUGCGACAGAGGACGAGAAGCCCAGGGUAUCCGAUUUCAUGACAAGACCGUCGGAGGCCGAUGACGCCGAGCGGGAUACCCAGGCGGGCCUUCUCUCCACAAAGCUUCGCGACACGCUCGGAAUCACUGUCCGGGUGCAGAUCUUCCACGCUUGCUUGGGAAGCGGGGACGACCUCAUUCACGUAAUCGGCAUCAACGAGGAGCAAGACGAGUGGAACACGCAGCGCGCAUACCAGAGCGACCUUGCCGCGAUGGGCGCGGAAGGAGCAGGCCACGCACUCGACAAGCUUGGGCCAAGCCCGGAUGGGUCCGAAAGAUCAGAGUCCGUCGACUCCUUCGAUGACGACGAUGGUGUCGCCUCUGGUGUAGCGGGCACAUGUGACUCUGAGAUGCACGUGGCCUUUGAUCUGUUCGCUGGGAACGGGGACGACGUCUUGCCGAUCACGUCAUGCAGCCCUGCUUUCUCGUUCCUCUUUGGCAGCUUCGAGCCCCGUACGCCAAUUCGUGUUUUAUUCACGCAGAGCGAGUACAACAUCUUAGAAAAGUGGGUGACAGAUGCCGUGGUCGCAGGGCCACCAGACCAACACAAGGCUCCGAGAAGCAAGUGGCUGUCAUUUCGUCUCCGCAAAUUGAACCGCCUGGGCGUGGAUGUCAAGGCUCACUGCUCCCUGGCGCCUUGCGGGGACGAUGUCGGUAGCAUGCGCUUGAAUUUGUUCGAUAUCCAGUGGCUCGCGGUGCAGCAAGAGUUGCCGCAGGCGAAGCCCACCGCCAGGCCACGCGGGAGACGGAACAGCGGUAGCCGCAAAAGCUCGUUGGGAACGCCUAGCGGUCUCCCGGCCAGACCUCUCAGGAAUGAAUUGCAGCAUCUCUAGCCUCCUCCGCGUAGUUUCACUCCGUUUCCACGCGUGCUGGCACGCGGUGGACAGUUGAAGAGUUUCAUGGAUGCAGCCCAGUUGAUGCCAGUGGAAUCAGAGCUGGUCCCAGAUGGCUUCCAGACGGUGCUGGCACUGCCCAAUCUUACCUUGUUAGGCACACUGAACUGCUUAGCAUCAGGUCGGCUUGGUCUGGCACGCCAGAGGAGGAGGAGGAGCCCCUGUCCGUAUUGUUUUUUGGCCCUCCCAACUUCGGUCCGCUCCCAGAGGGUCAGGGGUCCUUUAUGGAGGCACCCUCCUCGUCCUCCUCGCCGACCCCGGGAGCGAGGAUUGGUCCAGCGGUGCCCUCUCCCGCCUCGGCGCUGCGGCCGAGGGCGCGGCGCUCGUCGCCCGGGGGCCCCUCUCUCGCCGCGCGCGUCGGAGGCCCUCGAGGUCUUGCCUCGGGUCUCCUGCCCAGCAUGUGCGGAGCACGUCUCCGCAAGGCUUGCAAUGCUCUCCUCCUCUGAUUCUGCGGCAUUGUGCCUCUGCUGCCUUUUCAUUAUCACCAUCUGCUUUAGCGAGUUGGCGCGCAGCUUUGUUACGCGAGCGGUGAGCGCACAGCGGCGUGCACCCGCAGAUCGCAGGGGGGCGCCGUGAAGGUUGUCAGGUUGUCAGGUUGUCCGUGGCGUUUGUACGACGAGCGCGGGCACUGUGGUCAUUCGCAUUUGGGUGCUCACAUUCGUUAUGGUGCUCGCAUGU